UAAAAACAAACAAAAUAAAACAAAACGAUUGGAAAAACACAAAAUUUCAAUUAUGGAAGAAGAAAUAAGUUGCAAAGAAUCAUAUUUGGAGGAGCCGUUCGAAAGCUUCCAGCUUCAUUGUGAGGAGAUGGAGAAUCAGAAAAAGCUGCUCUUCUCUAAGAAUGAGGCGAAGGAGACGGACAUGGCAGAAGGGAACAAGCUUCUGCGGAUGUCUGUGGCUGCAGAAAAGGAAAGCGUGGAUGAGUUGUUGGACUGGCUGGAAGCUCAGCAGACGGUUAAACAGGCUGCUGAGGCUGAGCAUCUGCAGCUCAGCCAGCAGAAGCAGGAUCAGGACGACGACCUCCUGGAGCAGAACGUGAUGCAGUCCAUGGCUCUGAAGGAGCAGGAGGAGCAACAGAUGGAGGUGAUGCAGCAGCUGUCAACACUGGAACUGAAGGAGAUGCUGUUCUCUCAAGAGGAAGACCAGGAAGCUGAAAUCCACAAGCGGGAGACAGAAAUAAAGUCAACGAGGGAAAACAGGACAUUCAAAGAUAUGCAGGAAAAAAUGGAGGCUGCUGUGACGAAAACACCAAGAAUUCUUCCAGAUGACAGGCAUCAGCACUGGGAUAGGCUGGCAUGUAUCCAGCAGUUGGAGAAUGAAGCUGCCAUCCUGCAGGAGGAGGAAGAUGCUGCACAAGCUAGAGCCACACACAUGCAGCGAAGUUAUGAUGAGCUGUCGAAAGAGCUCUCCAAAACGAUGGAGCGGAAAAUCCAGCUGAAUGUGGAGAUGAAGCAACUUUGGAGGAUGUUACAACAACAAAUAGAGGACAGCGUGGAUUUCAGCGCUCAGCCGAGCUCCCCGACGGAGACGGAGGAUCCCGGCCAGAGUCUGAUCCUGGUAUCUGAGGGUACCAGCCGAGGUGAAGAGGCCAACUCAGCUCAACUAGAGGCUGAGCUACAGAACGGAGAGAAGAGGAGGAGAGAAGUGGAGGAUGAGAAGCAGGAAGCAGCCAUCAUUCUCAGAUACAUCCUCCUGAGCAAGUCUGACUCCCAGUGGAUGACUGAGAGGCUGCUGGAGAUCCUGGAUAGCUGCUCUCCGGCCGUUAGCAGCCAGGACGAGGAGCUGCACACUGGAAACAGCCGAGACCAUGUGAUGUAUGAGACGGGUCAUCCUGCAGCAUCCUCUAAAUGUUCGGCUGGAAAACGCAUCAUGGCAGCAGAAUGAUGGUCUGGCUGCUGCAUCGUGCCGAACAAAUUUACUCAGCCAGGAGGAGCCCUUCGGGUGUGG